AUGGAGCCCCAAUCGCCUCGUAUUCAAAGACAGAACCGACCGGCGGACUUGUCUAUCGUCAGCCAGGCCAUGUCCAGUCCAGUAGGCCUGGGCAUCGGCAGUCCGAAUUCCCCCGGCCACCAACGCACGCGCUCACAACUAUACCCUGAACCUUCAAUCACAUGUUCACGAUGCGCAAAGCCGCAUAUCGAGUAUGAACUCCAUUACAACUGCGGCAUUUGUGCGAGCGGCAACUGGAACAUUUGUCUUGACUGCUACAGGUCGAGCAAGGGCUGUUUGCAUUGGUUUGGGUUUGGUUACGGUGCGUGGGCAAAAUGGGAAAGGGCUCGACAAGCCGCGCAAGAUGACAUCCCUAAGCCUCACAUGUUGACGGCGAACCGGUACCUCCAACCCAAAAUCAUUCCUGGCGGAGCAGAGGGCAGACGGACGCUCACCACCGAAGACCCCGUCAAACGUUUGGAAAGUGGUAACUUCUGCGCGCGGUGCCAGUCCUGGGCGAACGAAUGCUUCUGGCGCUGCGACGUGUGCAACAUGGGCGAUUGGGGAUUCUGCAAUAACUGCGUGAACCAGGGACGUUCCUGUACUCACCCCCUCCUACCCCUGACAUACCAACCUCAACAAUCCCAUACGCCGCCCGCGAGCCCCCGAUCGCCGCUCCCUCCUCACUACGCGGCUGUCUUGACGGGACCGAACAUUCAUAGCAUCGGUCCUUUCAAACCUCUCACAUUCACAACCCGCUGUGACCUGUGUCAGGACCCUAUCACUCCAAGCCACAGCAGGUAUCACUGCUUCACCUGCACGAGCUCCAUCGAGCCAGACACAUACCCGGGCGACUACGACAUUUGCACCAACUGCUACGCCAACCUCGAAGCCCGCAGCCAGAUCAGCCCAGAGAAUGGCCACGCGGGCUGGCGUCGCUGCCUCAACGGCCACCGCAUGGUCGUCGUCGGCUUCCGCGACGGACCGGGCGGCCAACUCCGCCACGUCCUGGCCGACCUCGUAGGCGGCCGUGGGCUGCGCAUGGAGCCCGCGGGCGACGAUGAGGCGCACCAGAAGUGGUGGUGGACCGAGGCGUCGCAGAAACGCGAGCGCUUCGUCACCAGGGACGUGGCGGAGGACGCGCCGACGGGCGAGGGCCUGGCGCAGGGCUUCCCGCCGGACGGCGGUGUCGGGAUAAAGGCGGCCGCGGCGUGGCCGUGGUUCCCCAAGGCCGAGGAUGAGCUGAUGUUCCCGAGGGGGGCCGAGAUCAGGGAGAUUGAGGACGUGAACGGGGAUUGGUUCUUUGGGGUUUAUAUGGGCGCCAAAGGACUCUUCCCUUCGCCGUAUGUGAGGCGCAUUAAUGAGCAUUGA